ACGUACUGCCUGAGGUCUUCCAGUCAGAAAGUCCAACAGCCAGUUGCACAGCGAGUUGCAUCAGUGAAUGGUUCCACCUGAGAGACUGUCAAAUAGCAAGCAAAAAGGACAACAUAUAUUAACCCCCACUGGCGCAGAAACAUGGAUGAACCUCUUAGAAUGAACUCACGUCAUGAUGCCAUACUUUUGAAAGAAGGUCCUCUAAUGCUUUACCGUCUGAACACAGAAAGAAAAUAUAUUGAUGGGACUGAUAAAAAGGUCAGACAGUGGACAUAUGGACGAAGAGACAGAAACAAACUGAACAAAGUCAUACUGAUGGUGGGACAAACUGGCACUGGGAAAACAACCAUUAUCAACACCAUGGUCAACUACUUACUGGGAGUGAAGUUUGAGGAUCAAGAGUUUUAUUAUAUCACAGAAGAAAAUGAAGAUAAAGAUCAGUCACAAUCCCAGACAUCUGAGAUCACUGUUUAUGAGGUGUUUGUUGAAGAAAACCCAACAUCUCUGACCAUCAUUGACACUCCUGGAUACGCAGAUACUGAAGGAUACGAGAAAGACAGAGAGCUUUCUGAGUCUCUGAUCAGAUUAUUUUCAGAUGAGGAUGGGAUUCAUUAUAUUGAUGCAGUGUGUUUUGUGAUGAAGGCAUCUGAUAAUCGACUCUCUGAAAAAGAGUUUUACAUCUUUCACUCAGUUCUGUCUCUGUUUGGUAGAGAUAUAGGGGACAACAUAGUGUUUCUACUCACAUAUUCAUCUGGAUGUCCUCCAGAAGAUGCUCUUAAUGCCAUUAAAAAAGCAGAAAUACCCUGCAGAAGAGAUGAAAACAAUGAACCUGUUUACUUCUUAUUCAACAACCAGCAGAAAGUGCAAAGAGAUCAAAAGUACAAGAGAGCCUUGAAAUCAGCCUGGGAAAUGGGAGAAGAAAGCAUAAAUGAGUUGUUCACACUCCUAGAUGAAAAGAACAGAAAAAGAGUUCAGAUGACAUUAAAUGUUCUGAAAGAGCGAAGACAACUUGAGGCCUGUGUCUCUAAUCUGGUGGAUAAAAUCUCUGAGAAGGAGCUAAAAACUAAUGAACUGAAUGGGAUUCAGGAAGCCCUUAGACAGAACAGAGACAAGAUUGGGAAUUGCGAAAACUUUGAGUUUACAGUCCAAAGAGCUGUGAGAGAAAAAGUGUCCAUUGAAAAUGAAUGGUGGUGGAACAGUAAGGCAACUUGCUGCUCCGUCUGUAAAGAAAACUGUCAUGAGUGGCACUGCAGCUGGGCAAAAGAUCCCUCAACAUGUUGGGUCAUGAAAAACAACCACUGCACUGUGUGUACAAAGAAGUGUCAUCACGAAAAACAUGUCAAAGAGGGAAAAAAAUAUGUGACAAAUAUUAAGGAAGUCAUUAUGACAUUUGAUGAGCUCAAAAAGGAGUAUGAAGACACUGAAGAAACAACUGUAAAAGCCUUUGACAAAGCAAUAUUUGAAAACACAAAAAAGAGCUAUGAAAGUAAUGUGAAAGACUCUACGAAUAAAACAGAAAUAGAACAAAAAAUUAUCAAUGAUCUGGAGGAGAUUAAAAUCGAAAAGUCCAAACUGCUGAAUGAAGCUUAUGUUACCAUCACGCGUCUGUCUGAGAUCGCAUUAAAAGCAGACAGCGCUUUCACUCUUCAACACGUGGAUUUCUUGAUUCUCAGACUGAAGGAGGAGGGCAAAGAUGAAUGGAUGAAGAAUUUGGAGGAUAUGAAAAAAGCUGGAGAACAGAAGAAGAACAAGGGGGCUGUGGAUUAUUUGAUGGCUUUUGGCAAACACUUUUUUUGGGGCUAAAAAUCAAUAGAAAUCAGAAAAUUCAAGAUGGAAAAAGCAAAACAGAUGCCGCUCCAUCAGUGAAAAUCUUGCACUUAAAAAGGGUUUUAACAGCAUACAGCAUUCAUAAGACUGAACACGAGAGCUUUGACAAGAAAGAAAGAAAGAAAGAAA